AGGAGGCUGCCUGGCGAGCAACAGUGCUUUCGCCUGGCGCCCGAACUUGUGCCGGCGUAGGGCGCGGGGCUGCGGCGCCGGCUCCCACCCCCUGCGAGUCCCCGAAGCGGCGGCAGGAGAGAGCCGGCGGCGGAGCCCCUGGGGCCGUGGAGCGGGCAGAACGCGCCAGAGGUGUCGGCGCUGGUCCCAUUGUCUGGCGAGGGGAAGCGAAGCGAAGUUGCGGCUGUGUGUGUGAGGCGGGGCCAGUGGUGAGGGGACGAAGGGAAGCCAGCUGAGGGGGGCAGCCGCCAGACUCCGCGCAUCUCCCUGCCUGGCGCGCCCGGGCUGGGGCGCCGCGCCUGGGGCGGCUGCCAUGGAGCCCAAGCACAAGGAGCUGCUGGCCCAGUGUCACCAGAGCCUGGCCCAGGCCAUGACCGAGGUGGACCGGGUGGUGGAGCUGCUGGAGGCGGCCGGCGCCCUCGGCCCUCACGACUUGCACCAGCUCCGCGAAGCCGGGCUCAGCCCGCCAGCGGGAGGAGGAGGAGGAGAAGCGGGCGGCGGGGAGAGAGGAGCCGCCGCCGGCAGCGCCUGCAAGGCCGAGCUGCUCAUCCAGCUGCUGCUGGCCAAGGAGCGGGACCAUUUCCAGGACCUGCGCGUGGCCCUGGAGAAGACGCAGCCCCACCUGCUCGCCAUCCUUUACCUGAACAACGGCGCGGCCGGCGCGCAGCCCGGAGACACGGCGGGGUCAACUUACAGUGUACUGUCCAUAAUGCCAUCAGACUCUGAAAGUAGCAGUUCUCUUAGCAGUACCGGUACGACAGGCAAAGCCUCAUCACCGCCACCUGCAGUCAUAGAUGUGAGGCAGAUGAACGAGAAGUUGGAGACCAUUUUGUUUCAACUCCGCCAGGUGACCCGUGAGCGGGAUGAAUUGCGGAAGCGCCUUGCACUUUCCUCUCCUGGGUCAACCUUUGAUGAUUGCAGGCCAAGCCCUAAACCAAACCACGAUUACGAAAGAUUGAAGGUACAGUGUAUGAAGGCCAUGUCUGACUUACAGUCUCUACAGAACCAGCACACCAAGACACUAAAAAGAUGUGAAGAGGCUGCCAAGGAGGCUGAUUUUUAUCAUACCUUACACAGCCGUCUGCUGAGUGACCAGUCCCAGCUCAAGGAAGACAUGGACACCUUGAAGCGGAAGAACAGCCAGUUGGUACGAGAGCACAAUCACCUCCAACAAUCGUGCGAGGAAAUGAAGAGGCUUCAUGAUGAGGAUCAGAAAGAGAUCACGGACCUGCGCAGUCAGCAGCAACAGGUUAUGAAGCAGAAUGGGUCAUCGGAGAUACUGAAUAAACUCUACGACACGGCAAUGGACAAGCUGGAAGGCGUGAAGAAGGAUUAUGAUGCACUAAGAAAGCGGUACAAUGAGAAGAUAGCCAGCCACAAUACUGAUCUGAGCCGGCUGGAGCAGGCGGAGGAGGAGAACAGGCGCCUCCAGAAACAGAUGGACAUGUUGAUGAAGCAGCGGGACACGGCCAUCCAUUUCCAGCAGCAGUAUUCCUCCUCUCUGAGAAGAUUUGAAACGGUGCAGCAAGAACUAAGUAAAGCCACUGCCCAAAACAAGGAGCUGCAGAGAGAAAUGGAGCGCUUGCAGUCAGAGGUGACCAGGUUUAAGACGAUGCAGCUGAAGGCGGUGAAGGAUGCGGAGAAGCACAAGGAAGAGCGGGACUCCGUGUUCAGCGAGUAUCGCCUCAUCAUGAGUGAGAGGGACCAAGUCAUCAAAGAAGUGGAUAAACUUCAAACGGAGCUGGAGCUGGCAGAAUCCAAACUGAAAAACACAUCCUCGGAGAAGAGAGUGGCCAGCGAGGAAAUGGAAGCUUUAAGACAGGAACUCAACUCGGCUCUAGUGGAACGCGACCAAGCCAUCUGCGAAAGGAACGAGCUCUUGGAAAAGUACUGCCAUGAAGUGAAAGACAAGGCUGAGGCCCAGAAGGAGCUUGAUCAAGCAUGCAAGGAUAUUGAGACAGUGAAAGAAGAGAGAGAUGUGGCCAGGAAGGAGAGGACGGAAGCUAUCAUUCAGAGGGACCACCUGCUGAGAGAGUACUAUCAAGCUCGCCAGAUACAAGAUUCUGCUACACUGGAUAUUGAAAGAGCCAACAAAGAAAUCGACAUGCUUCGGAAGCAAUAUGAGGCCAUGUCUCAGGAGCUGAAAGAAGCUGUCCAGGAAGCAGAAGUCGCAAAGUGUAGGCGAGAUUGGGCCUUCCAGGAACGUGACAAGAUUGUUGCAGAAAGAGAGAGCAUACGGACUCUGUGUGACAACUUGAGGAGGGAGAGGGACAGAGCGGUCAGCGACCUGGCUGAGGCGCUUCGCAACCUGGAUGAUAUGAGGAAGCAAAAGAAUGAUGCUGUGCGUGAAUUGAAAGAGCUGAAAGAAAAGAUGGAGAAUCAGUUGGAAAAGGAAGCAAGGUUUCGUCAAUUGAUGGCCCACAGUUCUCAUGAUUCAGCCAUUGAUACAGAUUCUCUGGAAUGGGAAACAGAAGUUGUAGAGUUUGAGAAAGACAGGGAAGAUAUGGAUUUGAAAGCUCUUGGAUUUGACGUGGCUGAAGGUGUGAACGAGCCGUAUCUUCCUGGAGACUGUGGAAUAUUUGUUACCAAAGUGGACAAAGGAAGUAUUGCAGAUGGACGCUUACGAGUGAAUGAUUGGCUGCUGAAGAUAAAUGAUGUGGACCUCACCAACAAAGACAGGAAGCAAGUUAUUAAGGCUGUGCUUAAUGGUGGAGGAGUAAUUAAUAUGGUUGUUCGCAGAAGGAAGUCCUUAGGAGGGAAGGUGAUAACACCUCUGCACAUCAGUCUUUCCGGCCAUAAAGAUAGUGGGAUUAGUCUAGAAAAUGGUGUGUUUGUUGCUGCUGUAGUGCCUGGCAGCCCAGCUGCCAAAGAGGGGUCUCUCUGUGUGGGAGACAGGAUAAUUGCCAUAAAUGGCAUUGCACUAGAUAAUAAAUCACUGACUGAAUGUGAAGCCUUACUGCGAAACUGCAGGGAGUCUCUUACACUUUCGUUGAUGAAGGUUUUUCCUCAGAGUUCAUGUUCAUCUUGGAGCGGUCAAAACAUAUUUGAAAACCUCAAGGAUCCAGAGAAAAUAUCUAACUGUAGGGUCCAUACCUCGGAUGUGCAGGUUCAGAAUAAAAGAAAUUUGAAACACAAUAGCUCCACCCAAACGGACAUUUUCAGCCCAGACAUAAUGGACACUAAGAAGGAUCAGAAUGACCAAGAAGGUGGCUUGUAUUGUGAUCUCAAACCCUUCUCCAGUGGUGUUUUACACACCGGCUCCCACCGUCGCUCAGUCCACGGGUGCCAUAGUAACUCAGAGCACAGCCUUGGCUCCUUUAAUCCAGAUCUGUAUGGGGAGGCAAGCUAUGGGAUCAUUAACCUGGACAGCAGACGGUUGCCAUUCGAGCCCCCCGUCACAGACUGCAUGAUGGCGGAGAGCACGCUGGACAAAGAACAUGGUGGGAAGCACAGUGGUGGCACCUGGCCUAAAGUCAUGGUCAGCAUCGCAGCUGUAGAGACAGAAAAGUUCUCUGUGUACAAAAAGCCAAAACAGAGGAAGUCCAUUUUCGAUCCUGAUACUUUCAAAAGACCUCGGACUCCUCCCAAAAUGGACUAUUUGUCUCCAAAUCCAGUGUUAGGACAUUCACCCCAACCCUCGAAAACUGAAGCCAUUUCUACCCCUCCCACGCCUCCUAAGAGGAGUGACUCUAUUAAGUUUAAACAUAAACAGCAAGCCAGUUCCACUUCAGACUCAACUGUGACCACAGGCUCCCCACCUCCCAGUCCAGCUACUGUGCAACCCCCUGUGUCGGUCGACCUCAAACCAGACUGUGGUAUCCACAAGGGGCGGGGCAGGCCCUCUGGGCACUAUUACAGGGAAGAGGGGGUUGACUCUGCCCGUUUGCUGUCGAGGAAAUCCUGUGAAGAUGACAUUGGCUUUCAACGCGUGGAAGAGCCUGAGGUUAAAAGACCAAGACCCAAAUCUGCUCCUGCCUUGAGACAUAAACUAACACCUGUGCCCAUUCCUAAUCCAUCUCAUCAGGUGCAAAAAUACACGCCCGCAAGUGAAGAGCAUCUUUCUCCGGAGCUACAGGAGUGGCCAUUGUAUUCACCAAAACGGUUCAGUAGGCACAGUGACGGGUUUGUGCCUACCUCACUCUAUGCUGGAAGCCUGUCGGCAGGUACCGUGCCAAGGAACAUUGCACCAUGUCCUGCUGUAACUGCAGUUAUGAGAAAUCCCAUUUAUACUGCUUGGAGCCAUAGAGUUAACACCGCCAAUUGUCCAUCAGUUGCCAGCCAGUUCUGUCACCAGCAUCUGCACCCCAGUGCUCAGCACCAAGGACGCUUGAGUCUGGACUUGAGUCAUAAGCACUCCAGUGAAUGUCCUGAAAAUUCACGUACAAGAUCAUCACAUGGAUCAAAUUCACUUCCUUCCAGUGCAAGACUUGUAGGUUCUUCCAGCAACUUGCAGUAUAGAACAGAACGAAUAAAAAUACCUUUGACGCCAAGGUACCCGAGGUCCGUCAUUGGCUCCGACAGGGGUUCAUUGUCGCAUUCCGAAUGUAGCAGUCCUAGUCUGAUUACUCCUCCGCAGUCGCCAUUAAACUUGGAGACCUCGUCCUUCACCAGCAGCCAGUCACAGAAUUCUCUUUCUACGCUGCCCAGGAUCUCAGUGAGUCCAGUAUCAAUAGGACAACGAAGAAAAGACAAGCCGUACAUGGAAGAACCACGGCAUGUAAAAGUGCAGAAGGGCUCUGAACCUCUUGGGAUCUCCAUCGUGUGUGGCGAAAAUGGAGGCAUAUUUGUGUCGAAAGUAACUGGAGGGAGUAUUGCCCAUCAGGCUGGCCUCGAAUAUGGCGAUCAGUUGUUGGAGUUCAAUGGGAUAAACCUGCGGAAUGCUACGGAACAGCAGGCUCGGCUGAUAAUUGGACAGCAGUGUGAUACCAUAACUAUUCUGGCACAGUAUAAUCCACACAUGUUCCAGCUCGGUAAUCACUCACGUUCCAGUUCCCGCCUAGAACCUGUGAGCAGCAAUUCCACUCCACAAGGCAGUGGAGCUGCCACCCCUGACAGCCACUCAGUAAUUGAUACUGUGAGCGAGCAGGAUGAAGGGACAAUGACACCCCCAUCCAAACAGACCACUCCCACAACCAGUCCUCGCAAUUCCAUAAGGAAUUCCAUGGACACAAGUAAGAAGACCCCUGAACCUAGAACUGUUAUUGUCAAGAAGUCCCAAGCGGAACUUGGAAUCCAGAUCUGUGGUGGGAACCUGUAUGGAAUAUUUGUGUCUGAUCUUGAAGAAGACAGCCCUGCCAAAGGGCCUGAAGGACUGGUGCUAGGAGACAUGAUUCUUGAGUAUGCCUCUGUUGACAUGCGGAAUAGAACUGCAGAGGAAGCUUAUCUUGAAAUGCUGAAGCCAGGAGAAAGCGUUAGAAUAAAAGCCCAAUACAGAAUACAAGAGUUCAACAAGAUCAAAGAGUUACCUGGAGAUGGGUUCUACGUCAGGGCACUUUAUGACCGGCUUGCAGAAGUAGAACAGGAUUUGAGCUUUAAAAAAGAUGACAUUUUGUAUGUUGAUGACACUCUACCACAAGGGAACUUCGGUUGCUGGAUGGCAUGGCAGCUAGACGAGAGCGCUCAGAAGCUGGAAAGAGGACAGAUCCCCAGCAAAUACAUGAUGGAGCAGGAGUUCUAUCGGAAGCACAGCAUGUCCGAGGCUAAAGAUGAGAACAGUUCCACGAAGACGUCGUCAGCAGCAGCUCGGAGGUCGUUCUUUAGGAGGAAACAUAAACACAAACGCAGUGGGUCUAAAGAUGGGAAAGAUUUGCAGGCACUUGAUACCAUCAGCACAGACUCCAUUCCUUUCUUGGAUGAUGCAAUAAGCUUAGCUUAUCAGAGAGUCCAGAAAGUGGAUUGCACGUCUCCGAGGCCUGUGCUUAUUCUAGGGCCAUUGCUUGAUGCGGUGAAGGACAUGCUAGUAAAGGAAUCGCCAGGAAAAUUUUGCAGGUGUCCUCUUGAGGUGAUGAAAGCUUCUCAGCAAGCCAUUGAGCGGGGUGUGAAAGAUUGCCUAUUCAUAGACUAUAAGCGUAGGAGCGGACACUUCGAUGUGACGACUGUUGCCUCAAUAAAGGAGAUAACAGAGAAGGAUUGUCACUGUCUCUUGGAUAUUGCUCCUCAUGCUAUUGAACGGCUCCACAGCAUUCACAUCUACCCAAUUGUUGUCUUCAUUCGCUACAAAAAUGCCAAGCAGAUCAAGGAGCAAAAAGACCCGAUCUUUCUGCGGGACAAAGUUACCCAGAAACAUUCCAAAGAACAAUUUGAGACUGCUCAAAAAAUAGAACAGGAGUAUGGCAAAUACUUUACAGGUGUUGUUCAAGGAGGUCCUCUUUCAGCCAUUUGCACUCAGAUCAUGACAACUGUGGAUCAAGAGCAAAACAAAGUCUUGUGGAUUCCAGCCGGCCUUUUAUAGACAUAUGCUAUAAAAUGGCUGAAACUCUGCAACAGAUUAUAAACGAACAGUUAAGGGUAGGGCGGUCCAUUUACGGUGGGUGCAGAUUAUAGAGCCACAUAAAUGACAUUAUGUGGAAGGUGUACUUGGAAGGCAACGAUCCUUAUGUUGGAAGAAUUCUCAGAAGUUUCUUGCUCUAUGAAUGGACUAAGACAGAAUUCCUUUUUUCCAUAAAGAGACUUUGUGAGGCUAUAGAAAAAGCAAAGCAAAGAAACCCUUUAAGAUACGUUUACAAAAUCUAUUUCCCCCCAAGUACUUGGAGGUUCAUGUUUACUUGAAUUUUCUUUUUUUUAACAAUCUGUUUGAAGUUUUUUGUUUUGUUUUUGUUUCUGUUUCAUUUUGUUUUGUUCUUUGCUUCUGAUACAAGAAGUGUACACCAGAGUGGAGUUUCUUCAUGCUGAGUGAGAUUGACUUUUCCACGCUGUGGUUCUGUCCUUUGGCAAAUUUUUAAUGACAGAAUGCUCGCACAAAUGGCGAAUGAGUUUUUUGCAUAGGUACGUGUUUCGAAAGUGAAUUCUGGAGGAAGUAACCCUCCUCCAAAUAACAUGGGUCAGGCCACUGUUCGUAAUUCACAAUCACAAGCUCUAUGUCUGUCAAAAGUUCCUGGGCUUCUUUUAUGCCUGGAUCUAAUAUUUAACGUCAUAAUGUAUCUCUGAUCAAACUGUGCUCAUUGUGUAUUCAUGAGUAGUAAUUUUGGGUUGCUGGGCCUAUGUUUAAGCCGUAAAUCAGGUUAAUAGCUGGGUCUGGACUGUGUUAUUUUAUCCCUUAAGUAGGUAGCCUGUGUAAUUGGAAACUUUCGUUGCUUUGGUGUGUAGUAGUCAUAGAGAUUUUUAUUUAAUUAGAAGAACAGUCUCAGUUUUAGGAAUCUGACAACCUCUAGUGUGGUCCUAUAACUGUUAGUUUUGCCACUGUCAACAAAUAUAGUGUACGUUAAAAACGUUUUUGUUACAAUACUUAUUUUCUGACUGUACCAAAUUCCAUUGUAUGUUUCUCUUUGCACUUCUAACCUUAUUUUCCAGCAGUGUGUGUUUAUUUUUCCUUUGUUAAAAAAGAAAAUUGCAUGUCACAUUUUGUAGGUACUGUAACUUUAUUGUCAAUGUUCAAGUAUCGUUGCAUUAUGAUGCCUGUUCCUAACAUUUCAUUAUGUAGAAAGGGUUUUUUGUUUUUAUUCUUCAGUUUUUAGUUUUGCUUUUAUUUGCAUUAAUUUAAAAAAGGGAUUCUUCUUGCACAGUUGUUCAAAGACAAAAAAUGAUUGGAAAUUUUAACCUCUGUUUUGCAGAUACUAUUUUAUAGUUCAAAAUACAGGAGAGAGAAAAGGAGAAGAAAAAAAUGUAGAAAGCCUAUUGAUAAAUGCUUAGUUGAAGUACUGUUUAUAAGUUGAGGGACAGCAGUUAUAUAUUUUUUUAAAGAGAGAGGCCAGAGUUGGACUUCAGCGGUACGCUUGAAACUGAUCGGUACUGUUGCAACGUGGAUUUUUCUGUACUAAAAAAGUCACUUUGUAUCAAAACAAAAAGUUAAAGAAACUGAGUAUUGUGUUUAAAUAAAGGUCAAUUUCUAUAAGUUGA